CUCACCUUCCGUUAUUCUCCCUGCCACCCUUCCUCUCCACCAAUGACCCCUGAUUCCCGCAGUAAAACUCGCGGCCGCCCUCCACAACCGCGGUGCCAAACUGGAGCAGAGGGGCGUGUGCGCCUCGCCGCGCUGUGGGAAACCCCUCCUGUCAGUGGGAGUGAAGGAACGCGCAAAGCAGGCGCCUUUCCAGCUAGUGUAAGUUAUGCGCCCGCGUCAGCUCACGCCUAUGUUUCUCUCUCACUUAGUUGCCGAGAAUGUGCACGCGAAUCAGGAGAGGAUUGGAGAGGCGUAGAGCUCAGGCCGUCCAGAUGGGCUCGCAGUAAUCCCCGGCUGCAUUUGGAGGACUUUACAGCGGCGGGUUAACACUUGGACAGCGGCCAGACCGACCCGCUCCCUCUGCACGGACAUCUGAAGGGGUUGGAUCUAUGAGGUUCAGCUGGCGGGGGGUUUGAGUUCUCUCGGGAACUAUGGAGCGCCCGGGAUGUGGCGGAGCGGGUCUGCUGUGUGUUUGCUACCCGUGCUGAACUGAGCCCGUGCCCGGCACGCCUCGCCACCCGACCCGAGCCCGCGUGUGCGCUCCGCCCGGGGACCAUGCGCUCCGGCCCCAUGCCCAUGCUACAGCUGGCCGCCCUCAUCUACUCUCUGCUGCCGGCCAGGACACAGUACGACAGCUGCAAGUCGCUGGUCAACACCGAUGACGGCCCUUCCUGGGAGUUUUACGCCUGUCAACCCAGACCCGUGUCCAUGAAGCCCUACCUGAAAGUGAAGGUGGAGCCGGCUGUCGUGACUUGUGGGGACCCGCCCGAGCGCUUCUGUGCCCUGGGCAAUCCCUACAUGUGCUUUAGUGAAUGUGAUGUUUCAAACCCUGACCUGGCUCACCCCCCCAAACUAAUGUUUGAUCAGGAAGAUAACGGACCUGUAACUUACUGGCAAAGUGUCACCUGGAAAAAAUACCCUGAACCUCUCCUGGCGAACAUCACUCUGUCCUGGAACAAGAGCAUCCAACUCACCGAGAAUAUCGUCAUUACCUUUGAGGCAGGCCGACCCACCACUAUGAUACUGGAGAAGUCCCUAAAUUAUGGAAGGACAUGGCAGCCUUAUCAGUACUAUGCAGAAGACUGCAUGGAGGCCUUCAGAAUGGAGGCCAAAAAUGUCCGGGAUCUCUCACCCGUGACUGCCCUCCAGAUCAUCUGCACCGAAGACUACUCCAAGUGGGUGGGCUUUGAAAAUGAGAAGAACUUGCAUUUUGAGGUCAAAGAACGCUUUGCGAUUUUUGCAGGCUCGUUCCUCCAGAACAUGGAGGCUCUGUACAAGAGAAUGGACAUCAACAAGGGUCUAAGAGACUUUUUCACGUUAACGGACCUUCGCAUCAGGCUGAUAAAACCCGCAACCGGAGGGACAUUUGUGCAGAGGAAAUACUUAAACAAGUACUUCUACGCAAUUUCUAAUGUUGAAGUUGUGGGCAGGUGUAAGUGCAACAUGCACGCAAACAGCUGCUACUUCAAGGAAGGGAUUUUGAUGUGCGAGUGUGACCACAACACAACGGGCCAAGACUGCGGAAAGUGCAAGAGGAACUAUAAAGCUAAAUCAUGGCGCCCGGGCAACUACAGUCCAUACCCAAUGGGAACAGCCAACAGCUGUGUGGCUGCCAGUUCCGCUUACGGCAACUGUGAAUGCUACGGCCACUCCAACCGCUGCAGUUACAUUGAAUACCUGAAGAUAGUGACCUGCGUCAGUUGCAAACACAACACCCGGGGCCAGCACUGCCAGUACUGCCGUCUGGGCUUCUUCCGCAACGCGUCCGCCGAGCUGGACGACGAGAACGUCUGUAUCGGGUGUAACUGCAACCAGCACGGGUCAAGGCACGAUCGCUGCAACGAGACGGGCCACUGUGAAUGUAAAGAGGGGGCCAUGGGUUCCAAGUGUGACGACUGCAAGCCAGGAUACCACUGGAGACGGGGCUGCUUCCCCAACAUCUGUGACAACGAGCUGCUGCUGUGUCAGAACGGCGGCACCUGCCACCACAACCAGCGCUGCCUGUGCGCUGGCGGAUACACCGGCGUCCUCUGUCAAGGCGGCCGCUGCCGCCCCGGGGACCAGAAUUGUAACGCGGCUUCCAGCUUGUGUCCCAGCGCCGCCACCGCGUUGCUGGCCGCUCUCGCACUGCUGCUGGCCGCUCCCUGCUCCUAGUCGGCGAGCAUCGUGGUGAACCUCGCUCGGGCCGCGGAGCCCGGCCGCCGAGCGGCUUGAAGAGCGGGCGGGCGCCGGCGACGACUUGCGCCGCCCCAGUGCCAGGGCCGGGCCGGGCCGGGCCAGGGUCGCAGUUCCGUGUAUCUCGGUGACAAUGACGAGACUGUACAUGUCUGUGCCGUAUCCUACAGUGAACGUUCUCAUAAUCCGUACGGGGGGGUGGGGGGUGGGGGAAAUUCUAGGAAGCAAUUCCAAAACUUAGGGCGAGGAAUUGCAGAGCGGACUCUUCAGAUUCUGCUGCAUACUCAACAUCAUCUACUGUCCAGAUGUACCGAUUGCCCAAACUGUAGUGGCUGCGUUUCUUUGCAAAAUAUCAGUCGGCUGGGAGGAGUGGCUGAAUUCUCAAGGAGCAUGGUCGGAGGGAGCGAGUGGCUGGUUAUAUCACACGCCGAGCAGUAUUAAUAUACCAGGUUCAAUACUUAUUUUGUAGAAAUGGUUAUUUUUGCUCUAUCUGAAUGUUCACAUAUUAUGGGCAUUUUAUUAGUGACUACACAGAGUAAAGUGACUUGUUAACAUCAUUCCGCUGCAUUCUCUCUUUUUUUUCUGACCCCAUAAUCGGGGAACAUAAUCUAAGUAAAUUAGGGUGUCAGGAGCAAAUUGAAACCGAGAGGGAGAGACGAAGGGGAAUGAGAAACCCACUGUAUCAAUAAGAUGGUUACAUGGCAGGAGGAUACAUAUCCCCCACAGUUAAAGGAAAAUAAAAAUGCCAGAAAUAUUCAGCAAGUCAGGCAGUAUCUGUGGAGCAAGAAACUGUUACAAGACCAUGAGCUGGGCAGAGUAAUAGCUGAACAGUUUUUGUUCACAGAUAUACUGGUUUAAAGACCCCUUGUGAAGGCGAUCCAGAUGUUCAUAUCUGCAUUACGGCUUCUAAAGAUGCUGGACUCAAUAUUACCACUGCUGGAGAAAGGUCCAGCCACAGGGCAGACACCUUCCCUGGUCACCAGGAAACCAGGCUCCUCCAAUAUUUUGUGCCUCUGGAAUGGGAAUAAUCAAUUCCCCUGUGUGAGGGACCAACAGUACUGUAGAGUCAUAAAGUGAUACAGUGUAGAAACCAGCCCUAUGGCCCAACUUGCCCACACCGGCCAACAAUGCUCCAGCUACACUAGUUCCACUUGCCUGCGCUUGGUCCAUAUCCCUCCAAACCUGUUCAAUCCAUGU